AAAAUCAGAAAACCCUAAUUUCAUAUCUUUACAAUUUUCAGACCAAAGCAAAAAAAAUAAUAAAUCCAUAAUUUUCCAAAAACGAAAAUUCAGCGCUCAAUUCUCUCUCUCUUCGAGGCUCCCCAUCUUCUCUAACUCUAAACCCUAGUUCUACUCUCCUAGGGUUUCUAUCUUACUCAAUUUUUUCAUGUUUUGCGUAGGUUUUUAGAUCUCUGCUCUAAGAAAUUUUUGUGUUGCAAUUGAAAAUUUUGAUUUUUUUUUUGUUUGAGUUCGAUUUAGUUUUAAAAUUUUUACUUCAAUGGAUGCUCGGAAAAGAGGAAGGGGUGAAGCGGGAGUUGUAAACGCUAAUGGCGGAUUUAAAAAGCAAAAGAAAGAAUUGGAGAUUGGUAUAGGAAGCAAAUCAAAGCCUUGCACCAAGUUCUUCAGUACAUCUGGAUGUCCCUUUGGGGAAAGUUGUCACUUCCUGCACCAUGUUCCAGGUGGUUACCAAGCUGUUACACAGAUGAUAAACCGACCACUAAUAUCUAAGGUUGCUCCUCCACCUCCUCCACAGGCACUCAAUAGCUCUGAUGCUGGUGUCAAAACCCGCCUGUGCAGCAAGUUUAACAGUGCUGAAGGGUGCAAAUUUGGUGACAAGUGCCGUUUUGCUCAUGGUGAGUGGCAACUCAAUAAGCCUGUUGCUCCAACCUUUGAUGAUCCUCGUGUUAUGGGCGCCCAUCCUAUGCAUGGACGCUUUCCUGGGAGAAUCGAUCCUCCUGCUCCAACUGGUCUGGCUGCUGGAUUUGGUGCCUCCGCUACUGCUAAGAUUAGCGUUGAUGCUAAUCUUGCAGGACCCAUUAUUGGUAAGAACGGCGUGAACUCAAAGCAGAUUUGCCGUCAAACAGGUGUGAAGCUUUCUAUUCGAGAUCAUGACACGGAUCCUACCAAGAAGAACAUUGAACUUGAAGGAACCUUUGAUCAAAUCAAGAUCGCCAGCGACAUGGUACAUGAUCUUGUAGCAACUUUAAGUGUAAAUGGUUCGUUUAAAGCUUCCGGAGGAACUCCAGCUCACGGACCUGCCUCAAACAGCUAUAAGACUAAGCUAUGUGAGAACUUUACAAAGGGUUCAUGUACUUUUGGUGACAAGUGCCACUUUGCUCAUGGCGCUGCUGAGCUACGAAAGUCCGGUAAUUGAGAGCGCCUUCGGCAGAACGAAAUUUUGUCAAUCUUCAUGGUUUUGUGAAGCUCUAAUCUUUGAAUGUGGCUAUACCCAAUAUAGACUUCUUUUAGUAAAUGAAGUUCAAUGAUGCCUAGGGGUUGGCGAAUUCGCUUGUUUAAUUAAUAACUUGCUUGUUUUGUUUAGGCUUUAUGGUUGGAUGAUUUACUGUUUGCUUUUCCCACCUUGAUUAGAGAGAUUUCUGGAAAAAAAAAUUGAGGUAAAAUGUUCUUUACUUUUGGCUAAUUUCCAUCUGGGCAAGAGAAAAGUAGGAAAACAAAAGGAGCUGCUUAACAUUGUAAUUUAGAUCGGGAGUCUGUUAGUCCUUGUUCUGUACUAGGAGUUGGCUAUGUUAUUAAUUAUGAUCUUAUAACAUUAAAAUUAUGCAUUGUUCUAA